AGAGCACAAAACUGCUGCUUCCGCACUGCUUCCUUGUUUAUUAGUUUAAGGAAAAAUAGUGCCUUUAAAAAAGAAAAGGUUCGCGUUUUCUUACACAGGAUUCUGCGAGAACUCCUCCUCAAGAUUUUCGAGUCCCCACCUACUCUCUCUGAAAGUGCUCUUCCCGAGGAAGCUGACAAGGAGAGACUCAAGGUCUGAGCUUCACCACAAACAAGUCUGAAUUCUGUUACUGCUCUGAAUGGCCACAGCUGCAGAGGAGCCUCCGGGGCUGCAGGGCCACACUGGCAAUUCAACUGGGACUCGGAAAAAUGCUUCCCCAGAGGGUCCAAGCACUAGCAUGUCUCCGGCCAUGAAAAAAACUAUUGGCCAUCGCGGAAUUGAUCCCACUGGAGAGACCACGUACAAGAAGACGACCUCGUCAGCCCUGAAAGGUGCUAUCCAGUUAGGCAUCACACACACGGUGGGCAGUUUAAGCCAAAAACCUGAGAGAGACGUGCUGCUGCAGGAUUUUGAAGUGGUGGAAAGCAUCUUCUUCCCCAAUGAGGGCAGCAACCUGACUCCAGCACACCACUAUGGAGAUUUCAGGUUCAAGACUUACGCCCCUAUUGCCUUCCGCUACUUCAGGGAGAUGUUUGGCAUCCGGCCUGAUGACUACAUGUAUUCUCUGUGUAAUGGGCCGCUGAUUGAGCUGUCAAACUCUGGGGCCAGUGGAUCUCUUUUCUACCUCUCAAGUGAUGACGAGUACAUCAUUAAGACAGUGCAGCACAAAGAGGCAGAAUUUCUGCAGAAACUGCUUCCAGGAUACUUUAUGAACCUGAACCAGAACAAGCGAACCUUAUUACCAAAGUUCUAUGGACUGUACUGUGUCCAGGCAGGAGGUAAAAACAUCCGUAUUGUUGUCAUGAACAAUCUGCUCCCGAGUGCUGUACGAAUGCACCUCAAGUAUGAUCUAAAGGGCUCCACCUAUAAGCGACGGGCAUCAGCUAAAGAGAGGGAAAAGGCUGUGCCCACAUACAAGGACCUGGAUUUUUUUCAGGACAUGCCUGAGGGGCUGUUACUGGAGGGGGACAAGUACAGUGGUGUUUGCAAGACGAUCCACAGAGACUGUCUGCUCUUGCAGAGUUUCAAGAUUAUGGACUACAGCCUUCUGAUGGGAAUCCACAAUGUAGAUCAGGCCUGUCGAGAGCAGGUAAGCGAAGAGGCUGUAGCAGGCGCCAUGGACCAGAGGAGGCCACAAGGCCAGAAGUCCCUGUAUAGCACUGCUAUAGAGGCCAUCCAGGCAGAGGCAGGGAGCAUGCGAUCACUGGACACGGAGGACAAAACCGGAGGAAUACCCGCACGAAACGCAAAAGGCGAGAGGCUGCUGGUGUACAUUGGUAUCAUUGACAUUCUGCAGUCCUAUAGAUUAGUAAAGAAGCUUGAACACUCAUGGAAAGCUCUGGUUCAUGAUGGGGAUACUGUAUCAGUACACAGACCAAGUUUUUAUGCAGAACGAUUUCAGAAGUUCAUGUGCAGUACAGUCUUCAGGAAGAUCUCAUUGAAGACCUCCCCAUCCAAGAAGCGCCGUCCAAUGGCCCAUGGUCCUUUGAGAAAAGCAGCUGGCUCUGGGCCUCUUCUGUCGACCCAAACCAGCAGCAACAGCCAGCAGCUAUUGCUCCAACGUCAAGUCAGCUCUGAGACCAGGGAAGACACUGAAGGAGACAACGUUAUGCAGUCAGGUCGUCCUGACCUCCUCCCAAAGACCUUACCACCCGGCAACGCUGUUGGCAACGCUGCUGAAACUGCCGUCUCCUCUUCCACCCUGGGAAACCCUGGAUUAACUCCCACAACUCAGCCUGUGAUUCACGCUCAGGAUGCCCUCAGGUCAGUGGGGGUGGAUUUAAACAACACCUCGAGCAAAGACCAGGAGCACAGCACCCCCAAGAGAGCCCUGUUUGGGACUCUUGAAGAAAGUAUCGGUGCUGAAGAUGUAAUCUCACUCAGUGACAUAGUUCCAAGCGCAAGCAAAUGUUCUGUGUAGAUGGUGGAAAGAGAACAGGACUCAAAUGAACCUGAAACAAACUUGGAGGAUGAUAUCAACAUGGAUGAAAUGUUACAACCCCUUUGCUGUGAUUUGAGGUACCAGAAUUGGAAAAGUUUAUCAGUGAGAUAAAGUGGGAUAGUAAAUGUUUUUUUUUUUGUUUUUUUUUUGUUAUUAUUUUUCCACUUGGAUUUCCAAAUCUCAACAUGGCAUGGGCAUGUUACUGGAUGGCUGUGUUCUGACACUAGUAAGUGCAGGUACAUUAAUGCUCUGGGUAUUGAACACUAUUAUUCAUCUCAUAUGAAUGCUUGUAUGCACAACCAAAGAUUGUUCUUGGCACUGAUGUGCUCAAUUAAGCCAGUGUUCGGUGUAGGAUGUAACAUGAGGACUUUGCCUUAUGUAAGAACAAAACUUCCCCAUUCAAAUUUUUCAUUAAGAAUUCAUUGUUUAGUUUUUGGAAAUAAUUCCUCUUUUGUGUUCACCACUUGCCGGAGCACAUCCUCGUGUGUACUUGGCUCUAUAUUAUCUGGAUUGGGAACACAGUUUUGAAUAAAAUGGUUUAUUUUUUAAAGAAAUGACUGUAGUCCCACAUGUAGUCUUCAGUUUUUUAAGUUUACUCUAAAUACAAAUCAUGCUGGAAAGAGAGGUGAUCCUCAGCUUGCAGUUUCUAUUUAACCAGCCGUUCUAAUGGACCUGUACUUCCAUAUAGACUGUGAAUCCUAACCGUCACCUUUUUUUGUGUUUGGGUCAAAGGGUUAUUUUAAAACGAUUUGUUGUGUUUUUUUAAUACUUAUACACUGGACGAUCUGAUAUCAGGGUCAGGUUUAGUGUGUAGACCAAUAGACUUAUGACCAAAUGUGACCAAUGGACUGAUCAUCUAAGUACCACAGCAAACAGUGACCUGGGGCCUGUCUCAUUAAAUACUGAGUUAGUUGGCUGAGUUAUGUUUGGAGUGAACCUAUUCUUUUCAGAGCUCGCGUUCGAGUGGUUGUCAUAGUAACUAAUGCCACUGACCAAACCUACAAGGAGCAGUUUAUAGGUGAAAUAUAAUAAUAUAGGAACCUAAGUGCCAAAGAGCACAGUGUGACUUCAUUACAAACUGGUACAAUCACUUUGUUUUCCAUUAUAAUUUAUAGUAUUGUAAAUAGUAUUAAUAGUAAAAGUUUACAGUAUAACUGGCGUCCCACCUCGGCAACAAAUUCACAAAACAGAGCAUAGCUAGUUAGCGGCAGUACUCAAUGAAAUAAAUGUUAAUGAAAGUUUGUUUUAUUUCAAAUUUUAAUUUUUCUUUGGUCCAGUGCAGUCUUAUGUACAUAUUUACUGCUCAUCGCUGCAGCCCUAGAGAACACUGGGUGACUUUGUUCAUAUAAAGAUACAACCCUGUCAUAUACACUCUGUUGCCUGUUUAUUAGGUACACCAAAACUAAUGCAGUUUCAUGCAACAGUCCUGCAAUAAAUCCUACCUUCAUAAAGGU